GUCACUUUUUAUAUACAUAACCUCACUUUUUCAAAUUUUGUUUUAUGAACUUUUCGUUGAGAAAACACCUAAAUAGAGCACCAAACUGUUUAAAACACGUUCAAUUUUUCACAAUUCUACAUAAUCUUCGAAGUGGUGUAGCUGUCAAUGUCAUGGAGGCGAGUCCAAGUCAGGACAACAAAACAGACUUGUCUCGCUUUAAAAUGGCCCCAAAACGCAAACUCUCACGAUUGCAAGUCUCCGAGACACGGAACAAGAGCACCAAGCGUGACCAUAUUACAAUUGGGUCAAGGGAAGGCCCCCCUGAAUGGGAAAAAACUCUUGCUAAUAUAAGAGAAAUGCGUAAGAAUUUUGACGCUCCUGUCGAUUCUAUGGGUUGUGAUAAGUGUCAAGAGGAGUCGGCAAGUCCUGAAGUUUUCAGAUAUCAGGCCCUUUUAGCCCUAAUGUUGAGCAGUCAAACCAAAGACCAAAUUGUAUACAGUGCCAUGCAAAAACUACAAAAACAUGGUUGCAACCCUAACAAUAUUUUAGCCACCUCUGAUGAGAAAUUAGGAGAACUCAUUUAUCCAGUAGGCUUCUGGAAGACCAAAGUGAAAUACAUUAAAAAAACCACUGAAAUCCUCAAAAAUGACUACAAUGGAGACAUUCCAAAGACAGUUGAGGAUUUGUGUAAACUCCCAGGUGUGGGGCCCAAAAUGGCCCAUUUGUGCAUGAAAACGGCAUGGAAUGAGGUCACAGGAAUUGGGGUAGACACCCACGUCCAUCGAAUCUCAAACAGGAUUGGUUGGGUCAACACAAAAACCCCCGAAGAGACAAGAAAAAGUCUUCAAGGGUGGCUACCCAAAGACUUAUGGGACGAAAUCGGGCUUUUAUUUGUGGGCUUUGGACAGCAAAUCUGUCAACCGGUGAAGCCCCAAUGUGUCACGUGCUUGAACAACACAGUGUGUCCUUUCACAAAAAAAGGCAAGAAAUAAUUAUCACAGUCGGUAAAGUAGAUUCCUGUAAUUUGCGGACGUUUCUGUCACACAUGGGCGACUCGUUACGUAAACAAAAGGGCAAAACAUAAUUAUAUUUCGCCACUCGUACCAAAUUUUAAAAAUAAAACUAAGACGGUAACGUAGAUGUCUGUAAUUUGUUGAUGUUUCUACCAGGCAUUGGCGUCUCGUUUAGUAAACAAAAGGGCAAGAAGGGUAAAAAUAAUUGUGUUACGCCAUUGAUUUCAUGCGUCAAAUGUCAAUUUAUUUUACGUUAAACUGUGUUUAAUACUGUUAUAAUCACUUUUGACCUACGUUCUAAUAAAUAGAGUUAUUCUUUACUACA